CAGCAAAAUUUUGAUUUUUUUCCACUCGAUGUGGCAGGGGUAUAAGCAAUUGACAUGUUGGCUACGCGGCUUAGUCCUAACAUGUAGUACCAUCUAUCUGUACUAAUAUUAAGAAUCUAGUAUUUGAAAUCCAUAUCCAGUUUAUAAAACGCAGAUUAGCACUUAUCAAUUUAUAAUUUCCGAAUUAUCACAGAAAUUCAGUAGAUAUUUCUGUUGAUAACAAAGAUAAGAGUUAACUAUUGUAAGUAUUAUGAGUAUUAGUAGGGGCGUGUGUUAGAGCAGUGAAAAUGUUAGUAUUAUUGUUAAUUAGUUUGUUGCUCGUAGGUGCCGAUGCCAGAGCCAGCAGUCGGAUAGCGGGUGGUGAAACGGUGACCAUCAAUCAGUACCCGUUUGCGACGUCUCUGUUGACUAACGUCGGUGCUGGCACUUACGCGCACUCAUGCGGUGGCAGCAUUAUCACGGUCAACGCUAUACUGUCCGCUGCGUCGUGCUUCUAUACUGAUGGACAGGCUGACCCAGCCACCUGGUGGCGCGCGCGCGUCGGCUCCACAUACAGCAACCGUGGCGGUCUCACCUACCUCAUCCGAGCCAUCACAGCCAACCCUAACUUCUCUCCCACCACCCGGGACAACGAUGUCGCCGUCUUGAGAACCACACUCAAUAUAUACUUUACUACGGGAUCAGUCGGGCCAGCGUCGCUUGCUGGAGGCGCUUAUAGUUUCUCGGACAACCAGCAAGUGUGGGCUAUAGGAUGGGGAGCGUUCUCAAGUGGUGACCCAGAGUCGAUAUCUUCAGAGCUUCGCCAAGUUCAAAUCUGGACGAUAGCUCAGCAGACCUGCGCCAAUAGGUACAAUGAGCUCGGCUUCACUGUCACCAGCAACAUGGUCUGUGCUGGAUGGCUGGAUGUGGGGGUUAGGGGACAGUGCCAGGGCGACUCAGGCAGCCCCCUACUGGUAGACGGGUACAUCGUGGGCGUGCACUCGUGGACUCAGGGCUGCGCUCAGGGCUGGUACCCGAGCAUCAACACGCGUGUAAACCUUUACAACAGCUGGGUCAUCGCUGCGGCCACUGCGUAGUGACAACCCUAACGAAAUCUAGCAAUAAAAUAGGAUUUGUAAUUGA